AUGUCAUUGACAACUUCAGUUGUUUACACAAACCCAUCUCACUCUCUGAAUCGCAAUAAUCAGCAUCAUUACCGUUCUGUAAAUUUGAAGAUAUCUGUUGUAGGAGAUCUCCCCCUUGCACUUGCAACUCAAAACAUUCCAGUGUAUAUGUCUGUGCAUCUUCCCGAGAAAUAUGCUGUAUUUGCCUUGCCCAUAAUUCAAGAAAGCUCUGGAGCCCCCUCCACCGAACAUUCACCCCAUGAAAUGCAUGUUCUAAUAGAUGCUGGAUACUCUGAGGUUUCAAAACUGAGUUCUCUCUCUGAGAAUGACCAACAUUCUCCCAGUGAUCUUCAAUGUCAAGAUAUAUCAUUCACAAGUGACAUUGUUGAUGAAGCUAACUCAAAUGCUUCCCCUGCACCUAUUAUUGCUAGGCAAUCGCCACCUCCAGAUAUUCCCAUUUCCUUCUUGCCCCUCUCUCCCUCCUUCCCCUAUAUCUGGAACUGGGGCUUAGAUGUAUUUUUGAUUGCGUUUGUAUCUGCCUACCCUACAUUCCCACAGGGUGACUGGCCUGCCUGGGACAGCCGGAUUCCUCUUGAAGGUCGCUUUAUUGUAGAGUGGAUGUCUGGUAUAGGGCAGCGUAACAUGAAGAUGUCUGUUGAUGAUGAUUCUGUCUUGGCACAAUGGGAGGAUAAUGGAUACAAUGCUGCUGACAAUGACAACAAUUUUGACGAUGAAAUUGAUCAUGGUUGUCCUGUACCAAAUUCUACUUCGCGUCGCGCAGGUAAACACAUAUCAACAGAUAUCGAACUUCGCUUCCAGUUUGAGUCGAAGGUAGGCAGAACUCAAGAGUCUUUGAAAAUCAGCUACAUGGCCCCGGGACGUGCACAAGGAUCUUCCAUGGAGCACCAGAAAUUCCGUCAAUCUAUAGUAACAGCGUUGGAGGAGGAUGAAGACCCACUAGCAGCGUAUGAUGAUUAUAUCAAGUACACACUACAGCAUUACGGCGAGCAAGAUCCUGCAUCUGGAUUAGUAGAGCUGUUGGAUGAAGCAACACGGAAAUUCAGAGACGAUCCAAGGUACAAAGGGGAUCUUCGAUAUUUGAAGCAAUGGUCAUGUUAUGCGAAGCAAGUGGAGAAACCUGCGAGAGUCUACGCGUUUCUCGUCGCGAAUGGCAUAGGAAGCAUAUAUGCGUUGCUGUAUGAGGAGUAUGCAUUGGCUCUGGAAAAAGAGGGACGACAUUCUGAAGCAGAGAAGAUUUUUAAAGCUGGAAUAUCUAGGCAUGCUCGUCCUAUAGAAAGAUUGAAGAGACGAUAUCAAGAGUUCAAAGCACGGCCUUCGUCAUCUAAACUUCCUGUUGCGGCACCAUUUCGUCCUAGUGGUUCCUCCGAAAUAGACGCUCUUCGUCGUGAUCCAUUCAAGAACCAUAGCUCUUCUGCCUCAACAAUAUCUCCUAAUACUAACGCCUCGUCCUCAGCAGCACCUCCAUCUAUAUCUAUAAGCCCAGGGCAUGAUCGAUAUGCACCGAUGUUGGCACCGCCCGUCCCUGGAAAAAGACCCGAGAAGCUGCGAUUCAAUUUAUCCUUGUUAUUCACCGCAGAAGGCGUUGAAUAUAGCGCUGCUGAGGUUCGUGCUCGUUCAAUUGGGCUCCUUGGAAAGAAAUGGGGACCUCCACCACCUUCUGAAAUGCGAAACGCGUCUGCAUCCGCCAUUCGCGUCAACUUCAAUGAUGAUGGCGGCAGGUCUACGCAGAAUAUGAGUACGGGAAGAAGAAGGAGUUUAGUGGGUGGUGCGGAGCCUACUGUCACCAUCAACACAAAAGAAGCACUUGCGGAUGUGUUUGGAAUGUAUAACUCACCUGACAAGACCGUGAAGCGUAUGAUGCCUGGUAGCAAGCAUGCACCCGUAAGGAAGAUUGAACCUGUUACGCCUAUGAUACGACAACCACCACCGGCUCAUACGGAUAAUAAUGAAAAUGCGAAAACCCCUGUUGCCUUUAAGCCGUUUGUCGACGAGAAUGCUAAUCGAAAGGAAAAUCCGGCAACUUCUAUUCCCAAGUUCAAACCGUUCGUGGAUGUUGAACAGCCUAAACAGACAUUCGUUACUCCCGAAGUUAGCCGGCGAGGUCUGUCUGUAAAGGACUCAGCGCUUCCUACUUCUGCGCUUCGGGGAAAACCCUCUGCCGACGAAAGCACACCUCCCAAUGCAGAUGCACUUAAACCGUCAAACAUGUUGAAGCCGUUAUCAGAAGAGGGAAAUCCCAAUGGAGGCAAUGUAUUCUCUAGGGUGUUCACGCCUGUUUCACAAAAGGAACCUCUUACAAGACCAUCAAUGGACGAAGACUCGAAGACAAGUCCGCCAGCAAGCGAAAAUUUUGCUGUAUUCCAAGCUCCAAAGGAAGCAGAUGUCCUUGCACCUCCUUCCGUCUUCAUACCCUUCGUUGACAACAAAACGCCUUUUAAGGUAUUUAGUCGUCCCCCUACUCAAACGGGUGACGAGAAUGUCGAUGAAAAUCCAAGAGGUGCCGGAGCUGUUUUCACCCCGAAACCCAGAGCGUUCAAGCCUUUCGUAGAUAACGAGGGUGAAAGCUUAGGCAAGUCCACCAAUCGGGCUCCCCUGGGACAAAAACCAGCAUUCGAAAUACCGAGAGAUGUGUCGAGUGAUAGCGCUGACAAUGCGUCUGUUGGUCAAGGAACAUCAGAAAGCGACGAACAGUACGAGGAAGAGUUUAUCGAAGAAGGAGAGGAACCCCCCAUUUCGUCCAGUGAGGAUCAGGGAGAUAGUCAGAGUGAGCAAUUCGAAGAAGAAGGAGAGCUGCAAUCCUAUCGUGAGCCAUUAGGCGGGCGGUUUGGGCGAAUCAACGUUAUGACACCUAUUACAGAACGGACGUUUGAGUUUACCAGCAGUACGAGAGGCUUCCCGACUCCAAAAGAAAGCGAUGCGGUUCAAAUAGCUGAACGUUUGGCUGCUGAGCUGCGGGAAGAAAAUGAGCGUGAAGGAGGAAACGCAUAUGAUGCUGAGUCCGAUUCAUCAUUUGCGUCUUUCGAUAGGCCAGGCGCUUCCCUCCAACUGCCAGAAGGACCCGUCGGUGAGCUAGAAGCGAUUGAGGAGAGGACAGGCACUUUGAGCUUCUCGGAUACUUUGGCUGCUGCUUCAUCCUUUAGACCACCAAACCCAUGCAACCCCUUUGACCCUGCCAUUAUGUCCAUCUUGCUUUCCAUGCUUCCUCAGGAUAAUGGUUUUCGUGACCUACGGUUUCAAGAGGCGAAGAUGUUGGAUGGGCUUCAAAAGUUUGCGCAGAAGAAGGGGAGAAGAGGAAGUGGAUCGAGCGCCAGAGGGAUGGAUGAUGAUUUAAUGGAUGGGUUUACGAUUGUGCUGCAAGACAAGAAAUUCAAGGUGGUGGAAAAGCUGGGCGAAGGCGGUUUCGGAGCCGUUUUCGCCGCGCGAGAUUUAAGCAUAAAGGCGGUAGAUGAUGAUGACGACGACGACGACGACGAAGAUGAAGACGAUGAGGGAGCGAUGAUUGCUCUCAAGAUUGUGAGACCACGAAAUCUCUGGGAAUUCCAUGCGUUACGAAGGAUCCAUCAAACGUUGCCUGAGCAUCUACGCCGUUCUAUUGUCCUUCCCCAUACCCUCUAUGCUUUCAGAGAUGAGAGUUACUUGCUACUUGACUUGUGUCCGCAAGGCACGCUACUAGAUAUUGUCAACCGUGCUGGUUCAGCCGGAAUCUCACAGCAAGGGGCUUGUCUUGAUGAGCUGCUCGUUAUGUUUUUCACCAUCGAACUUCUCCGCUUUCUGGAAGGGAUGCACAGUGCUGGUUUUAUUCACGGAGACCUCAAGAUCGACAACUGUCUCCUCCGCCUAGAGGACCUUCCUGGAGGUGCAUCCACUUUAUCUGGUAUCUACCAACCAUCAGGAGAAGGUGGAUGGAAGUACAAGGGGAUCAAAGUGAUAGAUUUUGGCCGAGCGAUCGAUACCAGUUUGUUCCCCUCCAAGCAGUUGUUCAUCGCUGAUUGGCCGACGGAUGCAAGGGACUGCCUGGAGAUACGGGAGAACCGACCGUGGACUUAUCAAACCGAUUAUUUUGGGCUAGCGGGUAUCAUUUACUGCAUGCUCUACGGUAAAUAUAUCGAAAGCGCCUCGGUAACCUUGGUUCCAUCGUCUUCGCCUGAAUCGAGUCCGAGGUACAAGAUUGCAACCCCUCUCAAGCGGUACUGGCAGAAUGAGCUGUGGACAGCCUUGUUUGAUAUCUUGCUAAACCCCUGUCUCGUACGGCCAGAUGAGCAAUUGCCGAUUUGCGCAGAGCUGGGGGAAAUAAGGGAAGAGAUGGAGAUAUGGUUACAGAGCAACUGUAACCGUAGCACCAACUCACUGAAGGGUCUAUUGAAGAAGAUCGAGGUUUCGCUAUUUACGCGAUGA